UGUCCCUCCUGCAGUGUCCCCGGCAAUGUCCUCCGGCCGAUGCCGGCAUCUGUCUUCCAGGUUCCGUUCCCUGCGACGUUAGGACGUACGGGGACAGAACGGCGGGAAAUUAAAAAAUUUGAAAAAUAAUGUUUUACUGUGUGAUUUUUAGUGUAUCAAAGCAUUUCACAUACAUCUUGUCCCUAGUGCUUUGUCCUGUGCCCUGCCUGCAUUUUUACCGUUCUUUCUGCCUGGAAACUCAGAAACGUCCAUGGUGUCCAAAAUGUGUCCCUUUAGGUCAAAAGCGGUUUUAGACCAGCUAGAGAACAGCGAUAGUAAAUUAGAACCACUUGCAGAAUUGA